CGCGUCGGCGCGUCACUUGUUGAGUUUGCACCAUUAGGAGGUCACGUGCUGAAAUCAAAAGCUACUAGUAACAAGCCAUGCCGCAUUGUGAAGUAUUGUUUGGUAGCAAUUUUAUAAUCCUUGCAUUGUACUUGUGAGUUUUUGAGAGUGUCUGUUUUAAUUUCGUUGCAGGAUGUCAUAAUAGUCCCCCCAUAAUUCCUGUUUUAAUGUGAACUGUCUACCACCACCUUUGAACUUGGGUUUUCAACGGGGUGAAAUCGGGGAGGAUGGGGCCACACCAGGUGUUUCUCUCCACUCCACAAGUCUGUCAUCAAAACCCGGAUGUUCCUUCCGUGCGCAGCACUUGGGAUGUGACGUUCCCGUGGAUAUCAGCAUAUGAACGAGGUUACCGUGUUAAGCCGCUGGCCUUGAGAAGGAGAUGACAAAGGAGGAUGUUUCAGAGCCCGUGGAGGAAGAUGCUUCCCUGGACUGCGUCACUACAUUUUCUCCUCAUCAGCAUCCGGUCAUCCAUCAGGUGGCCUCUGCACCAAUGCCUGACGACUGUGAAUUCUCCUUCUUUGACCCCAGCGAGCCGCAGUGCAGGGAGGUUCUGCAAGAGCCCACCACCACCAUACCGGAACUGUUUGCUGUCCUUAGGCAGUGGGUUCCCCAGGUUCAGAAGAACAUUGAUCUGAUUGGCAAUGAGAUCCUGAACAGAGGUUGUGGUGUAAAUGAUCGAGAUGGUCUGACAGACAUGAGCCUUCUGCACUACUGUUGCAAGGCGGGAGCCCCGGGCAUUGGUGACGCAGAUACAGCUGCCGGUUUUGCCCGCCACCUUCUCGCACUGGGAGCCGAUCCUAACCUCCGCUCCCGAUGGACAAACAUGAGGGCUCUGCAUUACGCUGCCUACUUUGAUGUGCCCCAGCUCAUUCGCGUGGUAUUGCAGGCCUCUCAACCUGGAGACAUAGAUGCGACCUGUAGUGACUUUGACUUUGGCACCGCCCUGCACAUUGCUGCGUCUAACCUGUGCACAUCAGCUGUCUCAUGUCUCUUGGAGCUGGGAGCCAAUCCUGCUUUCAAAGAUGAUAAGGGCCAGUACCCAGCUGAUGUUGUUCCUGAUCCUCUCAACAUUCCCUUAGAGAUGGCAGAUGCUGCUGCUCUGGCCAAAGAGCUGCGGACUUUACUAAGAGUGGCUUUGCCACAGCCCAGCUCCUUGCCUUUAACAUUGCAAGUCCAGACCCCUCCUACUCUUUCCGAAAAAGCCCGGAUAAAGCUCGCCUCCAUGGGAAUCCAACUCGGUGACCGUGUGGUGAUAGCUGGACAGAAGGUUGGAACUCUGCAAUUCUGUGGCAACACGGAGUUCUCUGGUGGUCUCUGGGCUGGAGUCGUGCUUGACAAGCCAGAGGGGAAGAAUGAUGGCUCUGUAGCGGGCAUCCAGUAUUUUACCUGUCAACUCAAACAUGGUGUAUUUGCUCCUCUCUCCAAGAUAAGCAAACCUUUGGAAAGAUACAAAAGUGCCAAUAAGUUGCCCGCACCCGCACGCCAUCGUCGCAUUGGCCUGUCCGCCAUUCCCACAAAGAGUAACCCCCGUUCAGGUGGUCUCGCCCAUUCACUCUCCUCUUCGUCUUCCUCACUGGAAUCUCGUCAUGGACGGCGUCCUCGACCUCGUCCGCAUCACAGGCAACGUCUUACUGCCAGACAACAAUGGGAACAUAUUUCUCCAAGUCCCUGGGCCACACCUUCCCUUGGCCUCCACCACUCUUCCGGUAUGGCUGCAAAUGCUACAGCCGGCUAUCGAAGCCAAACCCCGUCAGCUAGCAGCUCUGUGCAUGAUGGCCCUGAGAUGCGCCUAGGGGAUAGGGUGCUGGUUGCUGGCCAGAGAACUGGCGUCGUCCAUUUCUAUGGGAAGACGAGCUUUGCUCCAGGCCACUGGUUGGGCAUCGCGCUGGACACACCCAGUGGGAAGAAUGACGGAUCCGUGGGUGGAGUCAGAUACUUUAAUUGCCCACCAAGACAUGGGGUCUUUGCUCCUCCCUCGCGUGUUCAACGCAUCCACGGAUCUGUUGAUUGCCUCUCGGAGCUCUCCUCGUCACAUCUCACCCAUCCAUCAAUCAGCGGGGUGAUUCGCCGCAGCUUCAGCACCUCAUCUGCCAUUGCUCCACCCAAGGAGACGAGUAGGAGAAACCCUGUGACCAGAUGUCGUUCCAACCCCCGUCGCCACCGCAGGAGCACAUUGAGUGGAGGCAGCAGCAGCAGCAGCAGCAUUCCGAGGAGUAGUGCCGGAACCGUCUACAGUUCUGACAACAAGGUCCGCCUCCAUGAGGGCAUGCAGGUCUUGUUGAACAGUGCCAAUGAAAUGGCCUGCAUCCGUUACAUGGGCAUGGCUGACUUUGCUCCCGGCCUUUGGCUGGGUCUGGAGCUCCGAGGUCCCAAGGGAAAGAAUGAUGGUUCUGUCGGCGGCCGCCGCUACUUCACCUGCCGCCCGGGCCACGGCGUGCUUGUCCGUCCAAGCCGUGUUACCUAUCGUGGCAUCAAUGGUUCGCGCUUGGUGGAUGAAAACAGUUGAGAAAUUGAACUUUACAGAAGUGUACAAUCAAAAGUGGAAUCUCGAGUUGAAACGAAUCCACCUUUUAAAAAGCAUUUAUCAUGACUCAGUUUUUUUUGUUUGUUUGUUUUUGAAUAUAUUAGCUGAAAGCAAUGAUUUCAUAGCCUGAAUACAGCUACUUGUUUAGAAAACAGAAUGAAUGCACUUUAUUGACUUAGCUUUGAAUUCCCAUUUGAAAUCGUUUCAGCGGGAAAUGGUGUAAGGAAUUUAAUAGGAUGUUAAGCAUUGCACUACUUCUAAUCGGAUUGCACUGACAAAAGUUAAUUUCUUAGAUCAGAACAUGUUUAUCAGACGGUAGGAUUAGGAACACGCUAUGACUCAAGGUAUGUUUCCGUGGGUAUAUGUUUUCAUUAUUGGAAACAACCUGUGCUAUAUGGCUGUCAUAUUUUGCAGAUAAUUAAUGGAAUAGACUCAAAAACUCUUUCACUUGAGGUGUUUUUGUGACACUCAUUUUAAGCCAAAAAUUCAGGCGACGUUAGAACAGUGGAGCACCCAAAGUAGUUUUUAAUCAAAAAUAUUUGUCUCCAUCUUAUGAAUUACGUCAAGAUGCAAUGACUGAACAGUGCGUCAUGUUUUGGCCUGCAACCUUUGGCUUUGUUUCCGUUGUUUUCUGGAAUACAAAAAUAGCAGUUUGAAUCACAUAUUUUGACAGGAAUAUAUACACUCAUUUUAAAUGAGAAAAAUUAACUACCUUUUUUUCCUAGCUUGGACUGUUGUUUAAGGCUUCAUCUUUUAGUACAGUGUAACAUUAGGCCCGUCGCACAGCGAGCGACGGUGCCAAAACUGACUGAACUGUCUCGCAGAGUGGCCGGGUUUGGCAACUACUUUUCAGGAGUUGCAACAGACUGCCAGCCAUUGGUUUUACUGCAGUGCAAAAAUUUGAAUCGCAUUUCAACUUCGCAGGUGUAACGUCCAAUCAAAAAUGUGAUAUUUUCACAAUAACUUUGACAACCAAAAAAAAACGACAUAUCCAGAUAUGUGAGUGUCAAUGUGCAGCCGCCAUUGACAAGUUCUACCCAUAAACUUGCAAUACAGUGGAUGUGUUUUAAAAUGA